AUUUCUGGUGUGUGUGUGUGUGUGUGUGUGUGUGUGUGUGUGUGUGCCCAUACAGCCACGGCAGCGCUACACCAGGCGACUUUCACACUUAACACACACGUUUUGCAGGCAAUUCACAGGCAACCCUAAACACUUGUCAUUCAUUUAAAAAACGUUCACAGGUAUAAUAAUUAAUUAACUCUUGACGCCAAAACAAUCACUACACACGUGGUAACACCGAAGUCUGCGGGAAAACAUGAAAAAAAGAGUUGAAAUUUACAUUUUCGAAUUGCGACAUUUGCAUACUCACCCAGUCGAAGCGAAGACAAAGCCAGCUCUUGGCUGGUGAAACUUGACGCACUACUGUCUAUCAUUGGCUUCACCAGCUGAAACCUUUGCUGGACAUCCUGAUGUGGCAAGACUCUUCUGUCUUCCCACCCAGAGAGGCUGUCACCUAGAAAUAGUGCUGGAGAUCGUUACCCAGAGCAAACAGACAUUAUGGAGAAAAAUAAACUAAAGAAUCCUGGAAACAUCCUGGAGAGAGCAGUAAAGAUCAGUCACACAUCACCAGACAUCCCAGCAGAUGUGGAGAUGUCCAUGAAGGACCACUUGCUGAGACGUACUUGUAUUUCACGGCAGACUACUGAACCAACCUCUUCAAACAGGCACAAUUCCUUUAAGAAGCACCUACCCAGACAAAUGCACCACAUCACUAGUCUGGACCAUGAGAAUGAUUUGCCAGGCAUGGAAGAUCACUCUGCCUGCACAAUUGCCUCACUGGGCCGCAUCCAGCCAGAACUGUACAAACAGAACAUGCAGGAGUCUGACCAGUUGUUUAAGAAUGAUGCAACCGAAUCUUGUGGCAAGAUCUAUUUUGCACUUAAAUAUGAUUACGAGGGUGAGCUGCUGCUUGUCACCAUUGUCAAGGCAGAAGGCCUGCCUGCCAAGGACAUAUGUGGCAGCUCAGAUCCGUAUGUUAAGAUAUACUUGCUGCCAGAUCGCAAGCACAAGUUCCAGACUCGUGUGCAUUGCAAAACCCUCAACCCUACAUUUGAUGAGACCUUUCAAUUUCCAGUUCCUUAUGAGCAGGUGGCCACAAGAAAACUGCACCUGAGUGUAUUUGACUUUGACCGCUUCUCACGACAUGACAUGAUCGGCGAAGUAUUACUUGAUAACCUCUUCGAAGUGUCUGAUCUUUCAAGGGAGACGUUCAUCUGGAAAGACAUUCAGUGUGCCACUAAUGAAAGAGUUGAUCUGGGUGAGAUAAUGUUCUCCCUUUGCUACCUGCCCACUGCAGGACGUCUUACUAUUACAGUCAUCAAGUGCAGAAACCUCAAAGCCAUGGAUAUAAAUGGGUACUCAGAUCCAUAUGUGAAAAUAUCACUAAUCUGUGAUGGAAAGCGACUGAAGAAGAAAAAAACAGCAACAAAGAAGAAUACCUUGAAUCCCACUUACAAUGAAGCCAUCACCUUUGACAUUCCUCCAGAAAAUAUGGAUCAAAUCAGCUUAGAUGUAUCUGUCAUGGACUAUGAUUUAGUGGGACAUAAUGAGGUCAUAGGUGUGAACCGUGUUGGCAGCUGUGCUGAGGGAAUGGGUAGAGACCACUGGAAUGAGAUGUUAGCUUACCCUCGUAAACCCAUCACUCACUGGCAUCCACUAAUAGAGCCUAAGAAAUCUGCAAAAGAGUGGAAGACUCACACUUCAAGCUUUGGCUGCCAGGGGUCAUGUCCAUUUCCUCGACUUCCUUCCAGCUAAUAGUUAAGAGGCCAAUAGCACUGCUCUGAAAGGCUUCUAAAAAUCUAUUAGGAGUCUCUAAAAAUAGAUCAUGAGAUGGUCUGUAAUUUAAAGUCUGCCUUACUGACAUGAUAUUUUUUAUUGUUUGUGCUUUAGCAGUCAACAUUUUCUGUGAGCAGAUGAAUUUAUAAAGUCAGUCUAUCGAAUUAUGUUUAAAGUAUGGAAUCAACAGAACACAGGCAUAUUUGGCCCUUUGUGUUAUUUUUAUCUCUUUUUACACAGAAUGCAGGUGUUAAAUUUACAUUAUAAAUGUGACCUCAAAGUGCAGCAUGCUCACUUAAAUUCACUAAGCUCACUUGACUGAUGGGCACUGCAGAAAAUUACACAGUUCGACACUUCCACAGGACAUUCCACACUUUUUGUCUCAGGAGGACAUACUGUGUAUAAAAUUAUGUAAUUCCUAUACUAUUCACCCAAUUUGAAUAUAAGUACCCUUAAUGAUUUUGUAAUUAACACAUUAAUUUAUUGUUGAUUAAUGCCCUGAUUAAAUGCUAUACAGUGUAAUGUACAGCUAUUAUUACCAAGAUAUGGAUGUAUGUAUGCACAUUACAUUUUUGUUAUAGAUGAAUAUCUGCUAAAUACGUACGAGAAAUUGCUAAAAUAAAGCAAAAUAUUUUUUGAUUCAUUAUAUAAAUAUUUCAGAUUGGCUAGUAUUUGUGUUUAUUUGACAUUAUAGCCAUUUAUUGUUCAGUUGGCAAGUGAAGUGUAGUUGGCCUACAGUAUAAGCUGUGUGUGCGGUGUGUUUUGCUGGUAAAGCAAUAUGGGAAACUAUUGCAGAUAAGUUAUUGGAAAACUACAAUUUGAUGAAGCAAUUCCUUUAGCAAUAGCUUUAGCAAUAGCAUUGAAAAAUAUUUAUAUAUUUUUUAUUAUUAUUUUAAAAUUGUUAAUUCCUCAAAUAUUAAUUUCAUUAAAUGCAAGUACAAAAAUGACACACUUUAUCUAAAUGUAUUGUGCUCCUCAAAAAACAUAAUUAAUUGUGACAAAUAGUUAUGACAAAAUGUUGAUCUCCUCCAUUUUCUUCCACCUCCCCAAACAAGUAGGUGUCCUGGUUAAGAUAAACUGGUCAUAGUUGCAACACUACCACACUAUUGUCUUUAUGUUUGCGUUUCUUCCAUCUCUGAAGUUUUAUAUUCAUCUCCAUCUUUGUGAAUCUGUUUUUUCAUAAGGUUUGAAGGCACACUAUUACAACUAUAUUACUAUACUAAAGUACUAUUAUACUACUACUGCUAUACUACUAUUAUAGUGAUAUGCUCACAGUAAAGGGUAAACCUUUAUGAUAAAACUUAUUUAAGGAAUUAUCAAAUACAGUGUGUUGGAUAUUUUAGGUCAUUAGUCACCUUUAAGUGUAACAUUCAAAUACAUUAACUAGAGUUGUCAACAAAGAUGUUACUGUUAUUUAAAUAUAUAUAAAUAACUACUGUGAUUUGAGCAUAUUAAUAAAUACAACUAUUGAUUCAGACACAAUUGCUGUAAUAUUUAUGCCACACUAUAAUAAGAAUAAUGUUACAUGAACAUAAAAUUUUUCUAAUGAUCAUAACCCUCUGUAUCCACCCUUGUUGUUAUGUAGUUGCUAUGGCUGUAUAUUAUAAUCUACAGUAAUGUUUUUACAACAAUUUAUAUUUUUUGGAUGGUAGUUUGUACUUUUGUUUUGGGAAUUGUAUUGGUAAU